UCUGUAUCUUUUCACCUUAUCGUCGCGUCGUCUCAAGUCGCACGAAUCGCGUCCCGACCAUGUACGACUUCACCGUCCACGGCGAGGCGAACCCAGCCGUCAUUCGCGUCGGCCUGCCUCCUUCGUCCCUCUUGAAAUUCCCUCCCAGCGAGCUCCCGGCAACAGUCCCCGCUCCUGUGAUCUCCGAGCCGACAUGGAACCAGCCCUUCAACAUCCCGCCGAAGCUCUACAACCAGCUGUUGGACGUGCGCGUUCCGAUUACAAUCGCGAGUGUGUACGCUGUGACGGUGGUCCUCGUCAAUCGCCUUAACAAGAGUCGGGGCUACAAGCCUUACGGAUUCAGCCAGACGCGUCUCUUCAAGCUUUUCGUCAUCCUCCACAACGUUUUCCUGGCUAUUUACUCGGCAUGGACUUUUGCGGGCAUGAUCCGUGCGUUCCGCAGCUCAUGGCCCAGUCGGGAUGAUCCCAACUACGUCGCAGCUGUUGCCGAUACGCUGUGCAAGAUCAAUGGACCCCGGGGUUACGGUAACGCGGCUACGUACGACACUACCGUUGACCAGUGGACCUUCCGCAACCCCGAGUUCAGCCUGGCUGCAGGAGGUGUUCCGGACCCCUCCGAUCUUGGUCGUCUCUGGAAUGAGGGUCUGGCCUUCCUCGGCUGGAUCUUCUACCUGUCCAAGUUCUACGAGGUCCUUGACACCGUCAUCAUUCUGGCCAAGGGUAAGAAGAGCUCGACCCUGCAGACGUACCAUCACGCCGGUGCCAUGAUGUGCAUGUGGGCGGGUAUCCGUUACGUCGCAGCUCCUAUCUGGAUCUUCACCUUGGUCAAUUCUGGAAUUCAUGCUUUGAUGUACACCUACUACACUGUGACUGCUCUGCGCAUCCGCGUCCCCACCGUGAUCAAGAGAUCCUUGACCACCAUGCAGAUUACCCAGUUUGUCAUUGGCUCUGCCAUGGCUGCCUCCUACCUGUUUUUCAGCUACACUCUUCCUGUGGGCCAGACCGCUCCGGCCUCUCCUGUUGACACCCCGACUGUGCCGGCGGGUACUGCCGGUGCUGGACUUGUGCCAUGGCUCAAGAAGCUCGGGUUCCGCGCUGCGGGCGCGGAAGGUAUUGCCGAGAACGUGGGCGUCCCGGAGGCUGCUGCUGGUGUGCGCGUCCUUCAUGUCGGACCGAUGGUUACCUGCAUGGACACCAGCGGCCAGGGUUUCGCCAUCUGGCUCAACGUGAUGUACCUUUUGCCUUUGACCUACCUCUUUGCCCGGUUCUUCGUUCGUUCGUACCUCUACCGCAAGGAGCCCGGUCCCCGGCAGCCGACUCAGCUGCACGCCGCUGAGAAAGCCGGAAUGGAUGCUCUGCGAGGCGUGAGCCGCGAGAUUCGCAAGGCCGUUGAGGUGAACGGAGAGACCAGUGAAGCUACCGAAGAUGAGGCUGUGAACAAGAUCCAGGCCCUCCGGGCAACGAAUAACCAGCAGAAGCCUGCCGAGAACUCUCCUAUUCGCACCCGCGCAACUGCUGCCAAGCAGAAAUCGCGUGUCGCGGGCAGCGAUGCCGACUCCGACUCGGGUUUCUCGACCGUCAGCAGCAAGAAGGGUGCCAAGAAGGCGACUAAGGAAGAACUUCAGAGCUCUACCAUUGUCGUGGAUCCCAAAGCCUCUAACCCGUACGAGGUUCUGGAUCGCUCGGCAUAAAUCUCCGGCAGCGCUGGUUAUGGGUGACUUGUCUGGAACCCGAAAUCAGUUUAGAAGGAAUAAAAUAUUUUCACGAAGAUCAAACCGGGGCUGCAUAGCAUGUCGCCUCGGCCCGAAUCGCUACAUCGGCCUCCAUCGUGGCGGUUCGGGGAUGUACGAUACGUCGGUCGGUUUCCCAGGAUUCCUCGACCAUCCUGCAUCUUGCAGGACCCGCAGUUUACCCCCGCCGGGCCCGGGUUGUUCCCUAUCUGAUGGCUCAGUGUAUCCGAAGUGGUCGCCGUUAGACUAGCAGCCUAUCCACGGGCCCGGUUGCAUACGGUUUCCUAAUGUACUUUGCUUCUCUUGAACAGCUUCUCUUGGAUUAUUUGUCUUCUCUGUUUCACCUCUGCUGUUCAUAAUCAUUCCCCGUUUACCUUCAGAUAGAUUUCUAUUUAUCGUGUGUGUACAUACUUCUUUUUUUUUGGAACCUCAUCCACCGCUGGAGAUGGAGGCUGUUGGUUAAGGUGUCGGGACGGAAUUGGAAAAGUUUUUGUAAUUUACUCGACAGAAACAGUUUGGAAUUUACAGUUUCA